GAGUCUCGUGCGUCGUGUUCUCGCCGCCUUGAGACUCCCUUUUCACCUGGACCCCCGCCGCCGCCGUCCGUCAGCUCUGACAACCCUUUGGUCGUAACGAACAAUCACGACCGCAUCCAGUCCUUUCCAUCCGCGGCUUCAUUUCUCUGUCUGGGUUGAUCCCACACGUCAAUUCAUCGACGGCUGGUCCUCUUACGACGCUCCUUUUGGACUUGACCAUUCUUAGUGUUGAGGGUGCGGAUCGAAGGAUCUUCGCGCUCCUCAACAUACCAGCACAAUGAGGCGCCAUGUGCAGUGUAUACUAUUUCUUCUAAGCUGCCUGUCUCUCACACGGGCCGCCUCGAAUAUCCGAGAUGGAAAGCUUGUUCGGCGAGGCAAUGUGAUGGACCAGAUUAUCGGUGCGCUCAAGGCAGCAGGAGGACCUGGAGACAAUAUCGAAAUCAAAAAAGAGGACGGGCAGGGGCAGGUCCAACAGGGAGGCAUUCCGACCGUCACUGAGACGUUAUGGAAAACCAUGACUGCAAAGGGCGCCGGGCACGGGAGAAACAGAACCGCCUCUACGGUUUACGUCACGGUGACAGAGCCAGCCGGUGUCUUGGGGGCGGCAGCAGCAGACGGUGGCGGCGGACAACUGUCUUUUAUCACCACGACCAUCUUUGCUUCGGGUCCAGCGCCCACCGUCACCAUCACGGCUCUAGCGUCGACCGUCACUCAGACCGUCUGCCCGGCCGGGGUCCAAGGCGCGGCUCAGGGCGGUAAUGUUCUAGGCGGCACGAAUUCGUCAGCCCCAGGUGGAACAGGCGGCGCUGCACAAGCAAAUCCCAAUACACCUCACGGCGGUGUCGGUGUGACAAUAAUAUCGCUUCCGCCCGGCACGCCCACUGGCGUGGCACCCGUGGCAUCGGCACAAGUCACUGGCGGUUCCUCGUUCCAAAACACCUCGUCCCUCGUAGCCCUCCCCGGGCUCACGUCAUCCUCGUCGCUCUUGUCUCUCGUGACGCUUCCGGGGGCUUCGGCGUCUCCAUCUCUUGUGCCUCUCCCUGGCGCUCCGGCGGCGGCCUCGUCUCUUGUUCCUCUCGGGGGCGCCUCUGCCCUGAGCUCAGCACUUACGUCUACCCCCCCGGCAGCCGCCACUUCAGCCCUCGCAACCGCACCCGUCGCUGUCAUUCCCGCGGGCGGCGCCGUCUCCAGUACCCUUAACGCCGGGGCCGGAAGUGCUGUUCUUGCGACGCCCGUUGCAGCCGCCCCCGGCGCCUUCGGCGGCAGCGCAGGCGUCGUCCCCAUCGCAGACGCCCAAAACCCACCACCCGCCGCCCCCAGCGCCAACCCCACAGUGCCGGCAGCGGCAGCGGUGCAACAGGGUGCCGCAGAAGGUCCCGCCGUGACACCCGCGCCGGCCGUCGCCAACGGUGCCGGGUCUCCCCAGCUCAGCAUCGACGUCUCGGGCUUGACGUUGAACAGCCAGCUUGAUCUCGGAAACCUGGCGCAGCAGACCGUAUCCCGGUCAUAAGGCCGCCCCGCGUCAAGGAAGGAUGCUGGUUGUCAUGAUUGAAAAAGCCGAAAAAGAAAAAAAGCAUAUAUGUCCACAU